CAAAUUUACUCAAAGGAGAAAGAAAAAUGAAAAUGGCGUCCACAAGUUUUAUUAGCUUUCUAAUUUUGUUCAUUCUGCUCAAUGUAAGAAGCUCAACUGCCAUACUUACCCACCAAGGCAAGGAGAAAAUAGUCGCUGCUAAAGAUGUUCUUAAUUCUGCUGCCAUGGCUAUUGAAGUAACUAGCAAAUUACGGCUUGAAGGGAGGAAAAUAAUGAGGAUGAGAAGGGUAUUGGUGAAAGAAAUGAAAGAUGAAGUCUUAAAUACAGAACAAGGCAUAAUUUCAGGUGCUGCUCAUGGUCAAUUGAAUAACAGAAUGGUUGGUUUUACAACUUUCAGUUCAGAUUAUCAUGUCCCCAAAUCUCAUCCGCCCAAAAAUAACCGAUGAGGACGAUGAACAGUGAAAGCUGCAUCUUAAAGAAAGAUAGUUUUUCUGCUAUCUUUUUCAGUUUUGGUUCUUUAGACUUUUAUUUUAGGGUUUUGUAAUGAGUACAAGUGCUCCGGCCGGACUAUAUCUUACUUGUAUGUAUGCUAAUAGAGCUAACAGUGUAUGAGAGAUAUAUGCAUUUGCAUUUAGGUAGUAAUUAAUUGAAUUACAU